GCUGCUAAGAUGCACCUUGGCCGCUGCGCGGUUGCAGCUGAGCGGCGCUGACAUAUUCUUUCUCCGACCUCACCAUGGACAGCUUCGACUUGGCUCUUCUGCAGGAAUGGGACCUGGACUCCCUCUGUGUCUAUGACCCUGACAGAAAUAUGCUGCGAAGGAAAGAAUGGGAAAGGAGAAAUCAGGAGACCCAGCAUGAAGAUGGCAUAUUUAAUACCAGUUACUCUCUCUUCAGUGAACCAUACAAGACUAACAAGGGGGAUGAACUCUCCAGUCGGAUCCAGAAUACACUGGGCAACUAUGAUGAGAUGAAAGAGCUGUUGACUGAUCGAUCCAAUCAAAGCCACCUUGUUGGAGUCCCAAAGCCCUGUAUCUCACAAGCUUCUGUGAACAAAAACGAGGAACACUUUAUUGCUGACACAAAGCCCCACACUCAGGCUUCCAUUUGCAAUCCUCCAUCUUCCUUGCCGGUGGCACUUUCAGAACAAUUAAGCAAGAACACAGCAGUGGGCUGGCAGAAGCCUGGACAUAGUUUGGAGAGCCAGCAAAAGGGAAGCAAGCAUAGGCAUGGAUUGCCAGAUUCACACAGUAAUGACUUCAAAACAGCUAACCAAAAGAAUAAUUUGGAAAAUAUUAAACAUUAUGCAUCUAGUUCCUCAUCACCAUCUUCAUCCAGUGCUACCCAAUGUCUCUUAUCGUCACUUGGAGACAGCAUUCGAACGCAACAGCAAUCAAAGCUGAGUUGUAGUGCAGAAGUUGGAAUCCAGGCUCAAGAAAGGCCGGCUAUGCAUAGCAAUGGACACUGUGUACAGAACUUUCCUUCUUCACUUUCUUCAAAGCCCAGUAUAGUUCAGCAGAAACCAACAGCUUAUGUAAGGCCAAUGGAUGGUCAAGAUCAGGCUCCUGAUCAAUCACCAAGACUGAAACUGCUGGCUGAAUCUAGCAUGCUUUGCACCUCGUAUAGAGGGAUGCCAUCUGCUAAAUCUGACUCAGCUAGGACCAAGACAAAAAUAACAAAAUGUAAUAUUUCCCAGCAAGAAGAGGACAAUGCGACAGGAGAUGACAGCUGUGUUGAAGAAAUUUUACGGGAAAUGACCCAUACUUGGCCUCCACCACUUUCUGCCAUUCACACACCUGGUAAAGUGGAACAAAACAAGUUUCCAUUCACAAACAAGGACUCACAGCAUGUCUCUACAGGGCACAGCAAUCAAAGAAAAGGUGAUGUUGAGCCAAAGAAUCCAGAAAACAGUACAUCACAUACAUCAAUGUUAGAAGAUGACCUCAAGUUGAGCAGUGAUGAAGAGGAGAAUGACCAGCAGGCAGCACAGAGAUCUGCACUCCGGGUUCUAUCUGACAGCAACACUGCUGUGCAGCAGUCCAGUUGCAGAAUCUCUGGGAUCUCCAGCAAGGGUUCCAGCAGCAGCAGCAGCUCAAGUGAAUCCGAGAGCAGUUCAGAAUCUGACUCGGAGAGUGAAAGCAGUUCUGCUGAGAGUGACUGCAACAAGCCCUCCCAUUAUUCCAGCCCAGAGCCUGAACAGCCAUCAUCAAACAAGUGGCAGUUGGAUAAAUGGUUAAAUAAGGUUAAUCCUCACAAACCACCUAUUUUGCACCAAAAUGGACUGGAUACCUUUCAAUAUUACAGCAAAGUAAAAGAUGAUGGGCAAGACUGUGAAAUUCUACCUGCCAUUUGCCAAGCCAAUCUCAGAGAUAAAGAGGUUAAGAAUCCCAGCAAAGAGGAGCUGAGACCCAGGACAGCUAAUAAGGCCCCAGGGCAUAAAGGAGGGAAACAAAAGCCAGCACCUUCGGUUGCUGCCAUUUCCGUAGAGAGUGGUCCUCUGAGAAGGACAGCGUGUAAAAAGCAGCCAAGAAGGACAGAGAGGACCUCUGGUGGUGAUAACUUAAACAGCCAUAUUGCUGACCAUCUUGACUUGAACCAAGUCCUUUUGGAAAAUAACACAUCUGAACAGCCUAAAACUAGGCCCUGCAACACCAAAGUUGAGCACAAAAAGGAGCCACGGUGUGUCACUGCCUGUGACAAGCGACGUACAAGGGGGUCAGGUAAAACAGCACCCAAAUCCAAGGAAUUUAUUGAGACAGAAUCCUCAUCUUCAACUUCCUCAGAUACAGAUUCUCAUUCUGAACAAGAGGAGUACCCUCUACACAAACCUCAAACUCUGGCCUCUGCCUCAGUCGGAGGUGACCAGAAACUGAAGGACUCUGGAGGUAAUAACAGCAACAAAACGAACAGCAGCAGCAGUGCCUUUGGUUCGGUUAACACCAGGACUAACAACGACAUAGCAAAGGAACUGGAAGAGCAGUUUUACACACUCGUUCCUUUUGGCAGGAAUGAGCUCCUGUCACCGCUGAAAGACACCGAGGAAGUAAAAGCACUUUGGGUCAAAAUUGAUUUGACUCUUUUAUCCAGAGUUCCACAGCACUUAUCUCAGGAGCCAGCACUGCUAAUGAACACUGGGGUUAAAGAAGCAGCCAACAUGCAGCAUAAUAUUAUUACUGACCUGCCAGCAGAGAAGGUUGUCCCCAAAUCUAGAAGGAAACGUAAGUAUGAAAAUGAGGAUGAGAACAGGGAGAGCAAGAAGAUUCACACUGAACAAGAGUGUUCCUCACAUUUACUUGCUUCAGCCCAAGUUAUUUCUACACCAAAUCAUUGCAACAUGAUAAAAAACAGCUUGGCAACACCAAUAAAUAAAAAUGAGAAACUGCUUCGGUCACCCGUCUCGCCCCUCUCUGAUGCAUCAAAACACAAAUUCUCCAGCGAGGAUUUAAGCUCUUCUAGCAAACCUAAUGGUGGCAACCUAUUAUCUUCCAUAUCCUCAAGCAAAAAACACAAGAGUGAGACCCGAUCCCAGCUGCACCCUGGAGAUUUUGGUAAAGCAGUGUACAUUAUUUCAGAAAAUACUCUAUUCUGCAACAAGACACAGUGCCAAAAAGAGCCCUGGUCACCUAUAUCUAGUAUGUACAAAGACUGUAGGAAAACAAAGCUCAUAUUUAAUGAUGGGCCACACAAUGUAGAAUAUUUUAUGCAGGAAGCUAAACGGAAAAAGCAUAAAGCAGAUGCAAUGGUGGAGAAAUUUGGCAAGGCGUUGAAUUAUGCUGAAGCUGCAUUAUCAUUUAUUGAAUGUGGAAAUGCCAUGGAACAAGGACCCAUGGAAUCUAAAUCCCCCUACACAAUGUAUUCAGAAACAAUUGAACUCAUCAGGUAUGCUGUGAGACUAAAAACCCACUCAGGCCCUGGUGCUUCUCUGGAAGAAAAACAGUUAGCAGCAUUAUGCUACCGUUGUUUGGCACUUCUGUACUGGAGAAUGUUUCGACUCAAAAGAGACCACGCUGUAAAAUAUUCAAAAGCACUUACUGAGUAUUUCAAGAAUUCAUCUAAAAUUGCUCAGGCACCUUCUCCAUGGGGUGCUAGUGGAAAGUAUACAGGAACACCCUCUCCUGUAUCCCCUAGCCCAUCACCAGUGAAUUCUGUAGGAUCCCAGGGAAGCACUGGAACCCCUUCUCCCACUUCCAUCAUCAGCAUUCCACAGCGAAUUCAUCAGAUGGCAGCCAAUCACGUUAGUAUCACCAACAGCAUCUUACACAGUUAUGACUACUGGGAGAUGGCUGACAAUCUUGCCAAGGAAAACCAAGAUUUCUUUAAUGAUUUGGAUGCGCUGAUGGGACCCAUCACCUUGCACAGCAGUAUGGAGCACCUGGUUCAAUACACACAACAAGGACUCCGCUGGAUAAGGAGUAGUACUCAGUUAUCAUAAUGACUGUACCAGUCAUCUGGACACUAGAUUCUCCCACAGACAAUUCAAUUAUUCUGGACACUGUGCUACAGAAUUACGCAACCACAGCAUUGCUUCAAACAAAUGUGAACAUUUCUUUAACACCGAACAAUAUUUUUUCCAAGUACAGAAAUAAUGUGUAUGUAUAUUAUGCAAAGUUUGUCUCUUCUGAUGCAUUAUAAUUUAAUAGUCUCCAAAUAUCACUUCUGUUACUGUAAAGAAGAAAACUAAAAAUAGGUGUGUUAGAACAAAUUCUCUCACAUAGGAACUCACACAUGCCUCCUCUACUUAGAAAGCUAACCCUGGACUUAAUGGGUCGAUUUAACCAAGUACAAUAAAACUUCGUACAUCUAUUUCAGAAAACCAUUUUCUACUCUAGUCCAAGUACAUUCAUAAAUAUCUGCUUCUC